AUGAUGACCUCUUACCUGAAGUGGGCGGCCGUGACCUUGGCCGCCGCCCAGCUUGGUGCUGCCCAGACUUACACCAGCUGCAACCCGACCGAGAAGACCUGUCCCUCUGACAAGGGUCUUGCCAAGUGGGAGUACUCCGUCGACUUCACUCAGUCUGGCUCGCUCGAUGACUGGAACAUCACUGCGAAGCCCGUUACCCAGACUUCUCUCGGUGCCAAGUUCGAGAUCUCCGAGGAGGGCGAGGCCCCCACCAUUGCCAGUGAAUGGUACAUCUUCUUCGGUCGCGUCGAUGUCAAGUUGAGAGCCUCCAACGGCACCGGUAUUGUCAGCACCUUCAUUCUGGAGUCUGAUGACCUGGAUGAGAUUGAUUGGGAGCAAGUCAGCACCUACCCAACUGAGAUUCAGACCGACUACUUCGGCAAGGGUAACACCACUGGAUGGGACCGUGCCACCACUGUCAAUGUCACCGACCCCGAGACCGAGUUCCACACCUACUCUAUCGACUGGACCGAGGAGCGCAUUGAGUGGCUCAUCGAUGAUGUUGUGGUCCGCACUCUCGAGUACGCCGAUGCCAACGACGGAACGGACUUCCCCCAGACUCCAUCCCUGCUGAAGAUCGGUAUCUGGGCCGGCGGUGACUCCUCCAACUCCGAGGGUACCAUUGAAUGGGCUGGUGGUGAGACUGACUUUGAUGACGUUCCCUUCAUCAUGUACGUCGAGUCCGUCAAGGUUAUCAACUACAACCCCGCCCAGUACUACAAGUACAGCGAUAAGACCGGUGACUACUCCAGCAUCAAGAUGUUGAACAGCUCCUCGUCUUCCUCUUCCCUGUCCAACAGCUCCUCCACCAGCUCUUCCAGCUCUUCUUCCGGUUCCAGCUCCAGCUCUACCUCCAGCUCCAGCUCCAGCAGCGCUUCGUCCUCUUCCACCUACACCUCUGCCGGAUCCGUCCUCUACACCUCCGCGUUUGUGACCUCCAUUGUUGCCCUCGCUGUUGGUGCUUUCCAGCUUUAA